CGCACCUGCUUGGUGCUCUUCUGCGCUGUCGUCCAAGAAUGGCCGCUGCUGCCGCAGGAAUAAACAAGCAGGGCGCUGUAGCGACGAUGGAGCCCUGCAUCCGACACGGGAGGGGAUCUAAUGGAAACACGGUGAAGGUGCUGGAGUGCGGUGUGUGUGAGGACGUUUUCUCUCUGCAGGGGGACAAGGUCCCUCGCCUGCUGCUCUGUGGCCACACUGUGUGUCAUGACUGUCUUACUCGUCUGCCCCUCCAUGGCAGAGCAGUCCGCUGCCCCUUCGACAGACAGGUCACCGAGCUGGGUGACUCUGGUGUCUGGGGUCUGAAGAAGAACUUUGCUCUGCUCGAACUCCUGGAGCGACUCCAGAAUGGAGCCUCCAACCAGUCAGGAAUGGCGGAGGAUGCUCUGAAAGGAAUGGGAGAAUGUGUAAUACGGUGCGACGAGGACGAGAGCCACACGGCGUCCAUGUACUGCACCGUGUGCGCCACCCACCUGUGUGCCGAGUGCUCCCAGCUCACCCACUCCACGCGCACUCUGGCCAAACACCGCCGGGUGCCGCUGGCCGACAAGCCUCACGAGAAGACCUUGUGUCCGCAGCAUCAGGUCCACGCCAUCGAGUUUGUCUGCCUGGAGGAGGUGUGUCAGUCUGGGCCGCUCAUGUGCUGCGUGUGUAAGGAGUACGGCAAGCACCAGGGACAUAAGCACGCUGUUCUUGAGACUGAAGCUAAUCAGAUCCGUGCCUCCAUUUUGGACAUGGCCCACUGCAUCCGCACCUUCACAGACGAGGUGUCCGAGUACUCGAGGAAGCUGGUGGGCAUCGUGCAGCAGAUAGAGGGCGGAGAGCAAAUAGUAGAAGAUGAAGUUGGCAUGGCACACACUGAACAUGUAAGAAACAACUCUCUCCUUUCUAAAAAACGUGAACGAUUGUGCUUCAUUUUCACAAUAACGUCGCCUCCUCCUCCUCAGGUCCCCGGCACGGCAGAGAGCGCACGCUCCUGCGUUCGCGCUUACUUCGCCGACCUCCACGAGACUCUGUGUCGGCAGGAGGAGAUGGCGCUGAGCGUGGUGGACGCUCACGUCAGGGAGAGGCUGAUCUGGCUGAGGCAGCAGCAGGAGGACAUGACCAUUCUGCUGUCUCAGGUGUCCACCGCCUGCCUGCACUGCGAGAAAACACUUCAGCAGGACGACUGCAGAGUUGUGCUGGCGAAGCAGGAGAUCAACUGUUUGCUGGAGACGCUACAGAAGCAGCAGCACCAGUUCACUGAGCUGGCAGAUCACAUUCAGCUGGAUGCUGGCAUCCCCGUCACCUUCACUAAGGACAACCGUGUUCACAUUGGCCCAAAGAUGGAGAUCCGUGUUGUGACCCUUGGGCUUGAUGGAGCAGGGAAAACCACCAUCCUCUUCAAGCUCAAACAAGAUGAGUUCAUGCAGCCCAUCCCGACUAUUGGUUUCAACGUGGAGACAGUUGAAUAUAAAAACUUAAAAUUCACCAUCUGGGAUGUGGGUGGAAAGCAUAAGCUCAGACCACUGUGGAAACACUAUUAUCUCAACACUCAAGCGGUGGUGUUUGUGAUCGACAGCUGCCACAGAGACCGGCUCAUGGAGGCUCACAGUGAACUGGCCAAACUACUGACCGAGAAGGAGCUCAGAGACGCGCUGCUGCUCAUCUUUGCAAACAAACAGGACGUUCCUGGCGCCGUCUCUGUGGAGGAAAUGACGGAGCUGCUGAGCCUGCACAAGCUGUGCUGUGGGAGGAGCUGGCACAUCCAAGGCUGCGACGCCCGCAGCGGGAUGGGCCUCCACGAGGGUUUGGAUUGGCUCUCCAGACAGCUGGUGGCAGCUGGUGUCCUCGAUGUCGCCUAACCGUCACCUCCAUCUCCUUAAUGACUCGCCCCGGAAUGGUCAAACCCCAGAUUCUGAGCUUCAGGCAUUGACUUUUAAGGCGAUUCCACGGCUUUAAGCCUUCAUCAUCUUUUACUUCUCUGUACUCUGCUGUGUAGGCUCAUUUAAUAGGAACAUGGAAACUAAUAACCGUCCCACUCUCCCUCCUCAUGCACCACAGUCUCAAAUGCUGACAAACUCUCUAGGACUGAAUUCAGAGUCAAAGCUGCAGUAGGCAGGAUCACUAGAAAUUAGGCUGAUUGAGUUUCAACCGACAGGUUCUUAAAAAAACAGAGGACUCACACGUGCAUGUCACUUUAAUGCUUGAAGGCACAUGCCAUAGCUUUAGCCAUACAUGUUACUAAC